AUGACUUCAGUAUACGUUUCAGGCGCUAGUGGCUUUAUUGCCCAACGCAUUAUCAAGCAAUUGCUUGAAAAGAAAUACAAGGUAGUUGGGUCGGUUAGAAGUACCGAAAAGGGAGACGGUUUGGUGAAAAAUUUUGGACCUGAUUUCCAGUAUGAAAUUGUAGGUGAUAUUGCUGCUAAAGGUGCCUUUGAUGAGAGUUUGAAGAAACAUCCUGAAGUGACAAUUUUCCUUCAUACUGCUUCGCCCUUCACUUUUACAUCUGACGAUGUGGAAAAUGAUCUUUUGAUUCCUGCUCAAAAGGGUACGGUAAAUGCUUUGGAAGGCAUUGAGAAGUAUGCUCCACAAAUCAAAAAGGUGGUAAUCACCUCGUCUUAUGUUGCUAUUUGGGAUAUUACCAAAGAGUUCUCCGAUCCAAGUCACUUGGUCAAUGAAGAAAGUUGGAAUCCUGUGACACCAACUGAGGCCAAGCUGAAUGCUUUGAUGGCAUACUGUGCUUCGAAGACUUAUGCUGAGAGGGCAGCAUGGGACUUUGUUAAGAAGAACAACCCAAACUUUACAUUGUCAACCGUCAAUCCUUCAUAUGUGUUUGGACCCCAAGCUUUUGAAGUGAAAGAUACGCUCAACUUGUCAUCGGAGUUGGUUCAAAACUUUUUGAAGCUCAAGUCCACCGACCCAUUGCCAGAACUUAGUGGUGCUUUUGUCGAUGUUAGAGAUGUUGCUGCUGCCCAUUUGGUAGCUUUUGAAAAGGACGAGGCUGCUAAUCAAAGAUUGGUGCUUGUAGCUCAUCAAUUCAUCGCUCAAGAAAUUGCCGAUAUUAUCCACAAGAAGUUCCCUGAUAAGUCUAAGAAUGUCCCAAUUGGUACCCCAGGACAAACGGCUCCUGUUGAUUCGUGGUCUAAGAAGGACUUUUCCAAGACUGAAAAGUUGCUUGGUUUCGAGUACAUCGGUUUGGAUCAGUCUGUGGUUGAUGCGAUCGACCAAAUAUUCAGCAAAUAG